AUGGCAUCCAACAUCCCGCCCCCCAACUCCCGCAACCACCGCGCCUGCAUCAUCUGCUCCAUCAUCCUCCCUCAAACUCACUUCAUCAAUUCCGGUUGCCCCAACUGCGAAUCCUUCCUCAACCUCGCCGGCUCCCCCGAAAACGUGCAAGUCUGCACCUCCCAAGUCUACUCCGGUGGCAUCUCGCUCGCGGACCCGUCCGCCUCGUGGGUCGCGCGGUGGCAGCGCUUGGAUGGGUAUGUGCCCGGGGUGUAUGCGGUGAAGGUGGAGGGACAGCUGCCGGACGAUGUGUUGCAGACGAUGGAGGAUUCGGGGGUGCGGUAUAUGCCGAGGGACGGGAGCGCGAUUAAUGAGGAUCUUUGA